AUGAAGCUCGCCGAGCUGCGGCUGUCGUCGACGCUGCACGGCUGGGAUCCGCUCAGGAUCCUCGCUCAGAUCGCUGCGGUGCAGGCAGUGCACUAUAUUCUCCUCGCGGCGUUUGUGCCGCCCCUCUUGUCCAUCUUUACCGAGACCCCCGCGCUGCGCUUCGAGGGGGGGCCGGCGCAGGUCGGCAUGUUGGUCGACUGGCGCGAGCUCGCGAGCCAGCCGACGUGGGACUGGGCGCGAGAAAACACGACUUACGCCCCGUCACAAGGCACGAUGAGCGCCGCAGACAAGGCCGCGGCCGCCAAGUGGUCCGCCGGUGCACUGUGGCUCAGCGAGGGCAAUCACACCGGCGUGCGCACGCUCCCGCCGGACGCGUACGUCUGGAACGAGACAUCCGGCGAGACGACCGUGCAGGACCCGAACGUGCUUAAAGUGCCGGCCGCGAGUGCCGUCUCGCUGCAAGAGCUCCAGCUGGAGCGCUGGGAAUGGCAGCAUACCCACGACACGCGACGGGGAUGGGCCAUCUCUGCUGCGUGGGCCAUGACCGUGUUCUUUGACGUGCAGGUCCUGUACUACCUCGUGCGCAAGCCGACGCACGUCCUCGACUUUGUGUGCACGAUGCACUUUUUGCACCUCUGA